CCACGACGACUUUUCCCCUACUAACCCGACAACCUCGAUUUCACAGCAGCAAUGGCCAGGUCAAUUGUAGCAAGCUCUCGCCGCAAGUCGCGAAAGGCGCAUUUCUCUGCGCCGAGUAGUGUGCGUCGGGUCAUCAUGAGCGCGCCUCUGAGUAAGGAGCUUCGCGAAAAGCACGGUGUGCGCAGCAUUCCCAUCCGCAAGGAUGACGAGAUCAUGGUCGUCCGCGGCUCCAACAAGGGACGUGAGGGCAAGGUCACCUCUGUCUACCGCCUCAAGUACUGCAUCCACGUUAAUGGCAUCGUCCGCGAGAAGUCCAACGGCCAAUCGGUUCCCAUCCCCCUCGCCCCAUCCAAGGUCGUCGUCACCAAGCUCAAGCUUGACAAGGACCGAGAGAAGAUCCUGGAGCGCAAGAGCAACGGCCGUGAGGAGAAGAAGAAGAAGCAGCAGGCUUAAGCGGUGGACGAUUUCGACACUUGACGAUACUCCACGGCUUUGACGUCCGGGGUCAGCACGAGCUAUCCCUUUUCGCAACGAGUAGACGGAAUGCAUAUCUUCGGUUCACGGUCUGGGCAUGCGAUACGCGCAUGAAAAAAAGCAGGGCGUUACACCGGCUUCUAGCUCGAACAAUGGACUUGCCAUCAUCCGGCUCUGUCGAAGGCUUUUUCUUAUGAGAUGAUACCAUGAAGGAUACGGAGUACGGCAAUGAAUGGAACUGUUACUCCUCC